AUGUUUUUUUCGACGCUUACAUUAAUUGUAUCUGUGUCGACCACUUUUACAAUCACUGUUCUGCACUUGCGUUAUCGACAACCUCAUAAUGCACAAAUGAGUUCAAUGUUUAAAAAUGCUUUGAAAAAAAAAUUUUCUGAACAUAUUAGCAUUCGAUACUCACUGCGCUCAAAGCGGCGCUAUGUUAUCAGUUUUAAUAGUAAGAACUGGGAAGGCAUCAAUAAGUUUCAUGGAAUCUUCCUUAGUCUGCUUCCCAAAAUUACGUUGAUGAACAGGCCACGUAGACCAAUUCCGCGUUUCCAAGGAGAUGGUCUCGACUCCUGCGAUAAUAUCAAGCUUUUGGAUGAUAAUGAUUUCUACGCUUCUCCAAGUAGUAUGUCACUCAUUCAACAUUCGGCUGCAUCAACCAUGAAAAAGUCGAAAAAAGUUUCGGAACAGCUUUACUUGGAGCGUAAAGUCGGAGACGGAAUACUGGGUAAGAUUCAAACUGUCAACAUGAAGAGGGCACAAUAUGCAAGAAGAAAAGCAAAAUCCUCAGCUCGUUUUUCGAUGGAACAAUCAGUCAUGAACAGCAUGGAAAUGAGUUUUUCACAAGACCUUGAUUUUACUCACUGUUAUUUCUUAAUUCAUAAACGUUUGAGAAAAAUCCGUAAAAGGGCAGAUAGGAUGAGAAUUUUGAUAAAUGCGCAGGUUGGCUGUUUUCAUUAUAAAGGCACUGGUGGUGUGACUAAUCAGAAUGAAGACUGGAAAUUUGCGGCUCUAGCUCUGGAUCGGCUGUGCUUGAUAAUGUUCACCUUCCUGAUUGUAUCCUGUGUGACAUCGAUAGUUUUCUCGUCUCCACAUUUUGACACAUAG